ACGAACCUCUGCUUCGCUCUUAUCCCUGUUCGAUCGCCUGCCUUUUUCCAUCCGCUCGACAGCCCUGCAGCGGGCGGCUCUUUGCCACUUCCGAUCCCCGCGUCUCUCUCCCCGCGUCUCUCUCCCCGCGUCUCUCUCCCCGCGUCUCUCUCCCCGCGUCUCUCUCCCCGCGUCUCCCUCCCCGCGUCUCUCUCCCCGCGUCUCCCUCCCCGCGUCUCCCUCCCCGCGUCUCUCUCCCCGCGUCUCCCUCAUCGCGUCUCUCUCCCCGCGUCUCUCUCCCCGCGUCUCCCUCCCCGCGUCUCCCUCCCCGCGUCUCCCUCCCCGCGUCUCUCUCCCCGCAUCUCUCUCCCCGCGUCCCCUUCCCCGCGUCUCUCUCCUCGUUUCUCUCUCCCCGCAUCUCUCUCCCCGCGCCCCCCUCCCCGCGUCUCUCUCCUCGUUUCUCUCUCCCGUCUCCUGGCGAUGACGUGGCGGUCGGCGCCGUGCAUUAUGGGGAUCGACGAGGCGGGCCGCGGUCCCGUUCUCGGCCCCAUGGUAUACGCGUGUGCGUACUGCGCGGCGAGCAGCAAGGAGCAGGUCGCGAGAAUGGGCUUCGCUGACUCCAAGACCCUCACAGAGGCCAGGCGGGAGCAGCUGUUCCGAGCCAUGGGGGGGGCUGCAGCCACUGCUGCUGCUGCAGCAGAGCCAAGGGGGGAUGCUGGGAGCAGCGAUGGCGUUGGGAAUGGGAAUGGCAAUCUGAACGGCAAUCCGAACGGCACUGGCAACAGCAGCUCUGUGGAAGAUGUUGGUGCGGGUAGCAGGGACGGCCGAGAGCGAACUGCAGCAGGGGCAACAGAGAUGGCGUCUGCUGACGUGAUUGGGUGGGAGGUUGACGUCAUCAGUGCUGCUGCUCUCUCUGCCCAGAUGCUCUCCAGGGAGCGCACGAGCCUGAACGCGAUUGCCUUUGAGUCUACGGCGAAGCUCAUUCAGCGACUGCUGGACCAGCGGGUCAACGUGGUGGAGGCGUAUGUCGACACGCUGGGAGACCCCCAGAAGCACCAGGAUCGCCUCUCCCAACGCUUCCCCUCCGUCCGGUUCACCGUGGCCAAGAAGGCCGACAGCCUCUUCCCCAUCGUCAGCGCCGCCAGCAUUGCCGCCAAGGUGACUCGUGACCGCUGCAUCCAGUCGUGGAGGUUCAGGGAGGAUGCACACGCACUGCCGCUCAGCACCUCAACCGUAGCAGCCCAGGCCCAGCGGCUCAGUCAACCCAGUCAACACACCAGUCAUUUGAGUCAGCCGGGCGGUGGCUUGCACGUGGCCCAAGCGCAGAGCGCCAGUGAAGAUUGUGCAAGUGGAGAGGAGGAGGAAGCUGCAACGCCUGCUUCAGCUGCUGCUGCAGAGGCCGGAGUAGCAACAGGAGAAGCAGCAGUGGUGUCAGCAGGAGAGUCGUUCAGCCUCAAGCUGGGUUCAGGAUAUCCUGCAGAUCCCGACACUAAGGCAUGGCUGGCGGGUAGCACGGACCCUGUCUUUGGCUUCCCCUCGCUCGUGCGCUUCAGCUGGGCCACCGCCAAGACCAUCGUGGACAGCACCUGCGUGCCCGUGCACUGGGAGGGAGAUGAAGCCGAGGAGGAAGGACAAGCGUGGUCGGUCAAGCAAUCGAGCCCCGUGAAUUCUCCCACUGGCUCCUCCCCCGGCCCUUCCAAGCGCAAGCGCAAGAACGUGCACUUCGAGUCCGUGGCUCAGCAGCGACACUCUUUCUUCCGGGCUCGCAAACUGCAACUUGUUACCACCAAGUUGUAACGUUUUGCAUACUCUAGUAGUGUUAUGAAUUAAUCAGAAUAAUAACAGGUAGUGUAAUAAAAGAGUCGUGAUUCAAGAGUGUCAAUACAAAUGAGGGCCUAGGCAUUUAUAGGCACGAACAGAGCUAGCCGAGAACCACGUGAUUAGGUUGGGGCGGUCCGGUUGACGAAAGCCACGGAAGCGUCGUGCGUCUAGGUUUGGGUUCACGAAAUGGUUCGAGACCGAAGAAGUUGGCCGAGCCUGGACUUCCGAGAGUCGAGGGCGUACGCGCUGUAGUCGAGCCCAGUAAGGAAAAGGGAAUUUCCUUACACCACCCCCCCUUCCGGGAUGAGACUACCCACAUCCGGGACACGUCGUCGGUGUAAAUAGUCCCGGACUACUCUGUGUUCACCGAGCAUAGCUGUGGGGACCCAGAGAUCGUUGUCAGUCGUGCGAUCGACCCAUCGUUCAAGGAAAUCAACGGCUGCUGUAUCUCGAUGACCUCGUACGCA